GAUCUAUCAGUAUCAUUUACCAACACCUUGCACCGCUCGGAUGUUUUGAGGAGAUAGUGAAUCGUGCGGAUUUAUUACGUCAUUUCGAACGUUAGUUCAGACUAAAUAAAUUGUACAUUUUCUAUGGAAGAUCAACGUCGCCUAUAUUAUUUCAACAUUCUCUGCAAACUGCAUAUGUCAGCAGUUCAAAAUACCGUUACAGUAUUCAAUUUAUUUAGGAUAAAUCAACAAAGAAGAAAAGAUGCCUAUGCCCGUUCAUGCUUUCAGAGGUGGUGCAUCUGUCCUGCGGAAACAUUGGAAACUCGUUGGUUUAGGAGUUGGUGUAUUAUUGGCAACACAGAUUUACAGGAAGUAUAAUCGUAAGAGAAGAAUUCAACAAAGAAAGGAUGAAGUUAAAAAGUCAUGUGCCAGAUUACGUCAACAGUUACAGAAUGAUGGAAUAAAUGAAGCAAAGAGUAAAGUAAUAACAGAUUUAUCAAUAACACAGUUACAAAGUAAACUUCAAAAUGGAGAAUUGAAAGCCAUUGAUGUAUUAAGAGCCUAUCAAUAUAAGGCUCUUGAAGUAAAUGAUAAAACAAACUGUAUAGUUGAACCAAUAAAAGAAGCAGAGGUUUGGGCAAGAGAAUUAGAUAACCAAACUGGACCAAAAGGAAAACUACAUGGUAUCCCUAUAAGUAUUAAAGAAUGCUACAGUAUAAAGGGUUAUUUUGUGACAGCUGGAAUGAGUUAUUUUCUAGAUAAAGUUGUAGAUGAUGAUGCAGUUUUAGUAAAGGUAAUCAAAGCAGCUGGUGCUAUUCCUUUUGUUAGAACAAAUAUACCACAAACAAUGAUGACGUUUGAGUGCUCAAAUCCAUUGUAUGGAAUUACUACAAAUCCCCAUGAUUCUACCAGAUCUCCAGGUGGUUCUAGUGGUGGUGAAGGAGCACUUAUUGGGGGAGGAGGUUCUCUUUUAGGUAUCGGAGGCGACAUUGGUGGUAGUAUUCGGAUACCAUGUCAUAUGUGUGGCAUUGUAGGAUUAAAGCCAACAGAACAGAGAUUAAGUUUAAAUGGAUCACUUUCGAUAAAUACUGGACAAACUCAUGUAAAACCAUCUGGAGGUCCAAUGGCUAAUUCUGUAGAUGGUGUUGUAUUAGCCAUGAAAGUGUUAUUAGAUGACACCCAAUUUAUACUGGAUCCCUUUGUACCUCCACUAAAAUUUAAUACUCAGGUAUAUGAAAGUAAGGUACCACUACGUAUAGGAUAUUAUACCGAUAAUGGUAUCAUUACACCAGUACCAGCCUGUGUUAGAGCUGUUCAUGAAGCUAAACAAGCUUUAGAAAAACUUGGACAUAUAAUGGUACCAUUCUCUCCACCCGAUGUCCACGCAGCUGUAGCUAGAUAUACAAGGACAGUGUUAGCUGAAAGGUGUGAUGUAGCGGCUGGUCUUCUUGCUGAUGAUGAGAUAGAUCGAUCAUAUAUGUUGAUGUACCACACAUAUCAAACUCUUCCAACUAUUCUUCGCAUGUUUUUUGGUCUAUUAAUGAAGACUCAGGAUAGUUUAGCUGGAGAGGUAGUUAGUCAAAGGCGAAUUUGGGCUAUGCUUGAUUGGUGGGAUCUGUAUGAUGAAAUAACAGCGUACAAAAGUAAAUUCAUUCAACACUGGAGAGACAUGAAUCUGGAUGCUGUUAUCAGUCCUGGCUUUGCUUGUCCUGCUUUACCAACUUUUAAAAGCCUAGAGGUUUCUACUGUUUUAUCAUAUACAGUACUGUGGAAUUUACUUAAUUUCCCUGCUGGUAGUGUUCCUGUUACCAAGGUUACUGAAAAUGAUCAAAAACAGUUAAAUGAUGCAGAUUUUUAUCCUGCAAAAAAAGCUUUUGAAAGAAAAUUAAGAGAGUUUUGUCAAAAUGGUGUGGGUCUACCAGUAAAUGUUCAAUGUAUAGCUCUACCAUAUCAAGAAGAAGUUGUCCUCCGUCUUAUGAAAGAAAUUGAAACUAACACAAAAUAGAAAUUUUAACAGUACACUGUACAUCGGUACAAUUUAUAUUUAAUAACAUUUAACUAAACUAAAUCAAGGUACUGAAGAAUUUAGAUAAUAGGUCUAAAAUUUUAUAGAUAACCAGCUUUGCAGGUUUGUAUAUAGAAUGAAUUAUGAAUGAUCUGAUUAAAUGUAAUAAGAAAGCAUCUAUUGAAACUCCACCUUAUAGGCCUAAAAUUUUAAAGAUAACCAGCUUUGUAAUUGCGUAUAAAGAUAGAAUUAUGAAUGGCCUGAUUAAAUUAAAUAAGGAAGUAUCUGGUGAAACUCCACCUUGGUGAUUUUAAAAACUGUUACAGAAAAUGUGAUAGAAACAUAAAAGUACAACACAAAGUAAUAAUACCUAUGUUUCUGGUUACUUGACCCCAAAUAUAGGGACGAUCAAGGAGUAAUACUGGAUAGAAAUAACUGAACUAGUAAAUCAAUCUUCUAAUAACCUACAACGAUACUUGCAUUAUGAUUCUUUAGCCUUUGUCAUAUCAUAUUAAAUAUGGUAAAGAGUUUCUAUUUAUUUCCUAGCAUUUCCAGCUCAAUUUCUGAGUAAGAUUCCUGGAAUUAGUGCUGAUUCAGACUGUUAUAAAUGCUCAAAUUUCAUUGCUGGAAAUGUUCUGCAUGCCAAGACUGAGAAUGAGAAAAAAUGUUUAAUGUCGGCAGUUAUGACUCAAUUAAAAAGGUCGGUCAAGUAACCAUAAACACUGGUAUAUUUUUUUUGUGGGGGGGGGGGGGGGGGCUAAUUCAUAUUUAUUAUGUGGCCAAAAUUGCAUCAACCCAUACCCUAUUGUUAUCUUCCAUAUUUUUAAAUAUCCAGGAAUAGUUGUCACCCUCAAGGGCAUUCACUGUUGCUCUUUACUCGGGCAUUUAUACAGAUCAUACCCUGUAUAAUUUCACGAGAACUGACAAUGUCCCUUGAUUGCUGCAUUACUACUUCUUGAUGGGAAUUCAAUAUGACCUCCAGUUUUGUAGACUGGCAAUCAUGUGAUACUUAGUACUGACUGUGGGGUAUGUCUUGCUUGUCUCACAUGAAACCCCUCAAAGACACAGUGUAAUAAUUUGAAUAUUAUUAGGCAUGUGAUAUAAAUGACACCGAAAACUGUGUAGUAAGCUUUCAUAGUACUCCAUAAUCAGGCUCUGGGGACUACACCAAACCACUAAUGCUCCAAUGUAUGCCCCCCCCCCCACCCCCCCGAAAAAAUCAUGGUUCCGAGCCUGAUAAUAAUAUUAUCAGUCUUGGACAUAACAAUUUUGUUUGUACCUGACAAAAAUUCAUCACUAUUGAAGUUGCAUGUAAAAUUUGUACAUUGGUACCAGACGUGUAUAUGUAUAAAAUAUCAAUACGAACAAAGAAGAAAGAAAAAUAUUCACAGGCUCCAUAGGAGUCAUACCUGACAUUUUUAAUGAACAUUAUGAAUAUUAUUGUAUGGUCAACUUUGAGAUGACCUUUUUGAUUAUUAUGUGCAAUAUGUUAAUUACUCAAACAGUAUGUUCCUCUAUUUAAAAAACCAUGCUUAUAAAAUUUAUCCAUUCAAUUGAUUUGAAUAUUUGUUCCUUUGAGGCCUUUUUUUGUGCUUGUAAUUCAUGUGAUCUUACUGCACUUUAAACGUGCUCAUAAGGGUUGUCAUACAUCCAUUUUAUUUUGUUUUAUUUUAUUUAUGAUGUUUAUUGUAGACAGUUAUGUCAGAGGGUGAAAAGGCAUGAAUGGCAUUAAUUUUAAUUCUAAAUUUGUUAUAUAUUUUGUAAUAUUUUUUAUUGUUCAUGUCUUUGAUCGUCAUUUGAAGGCUUUUUACUGUCUUGCAAACAACAAUAUGUUUCAAAAAUGGCCCAAAAUGGUUCAAAUCUGCUUAGUACUUGUCAACAUUUGGCAUCCUUUGCAUAGGAUAUUGACUGGAUAUGGUAAAAAAAUUAGAGGGCAUCGCCUACAAUCUUUUUAAUGCAAUUGCAGCCAUGGGAAUAUGAAUUUGUUUUCUUCAUUCAAUGUUAAAAAAUCAAUUUGAGAACAUUUUAGCUUGGAUGAAGCAGUGAAAAAUUAGACGAUCAGUGACUGUAAAGUUGUAUUUCUUAUUUUGAAAUUCAAUCAUUCAAAUGAUUUUAUUUUGGUCAUGAUGUUAUUAACAUAUUUUAAUGGUAAUUCUAGACCAAUAACAAUUAUACCAAUUCACAGAAUUACCACCAAUUCGUUUGUUUUCUUGAUAAAAGACAAUAAACCGGUUUUGGUCAUAUCAGAUUUGUGUUUUGAUUCUCUCAGGGAGAGGGAAAUGCAGUAAUGUGCAUUUUCAUGGAGAGUUGUGAAAAUUUAUAUUUCUUAAAAAAAACUUCGGAAUUUAGAGCUAGGUAUGAGGAAAAAUUAAACGCAGGGCAACAAAAUAAUACCGGGUGACAAAAAAAAUCCCAGUAAUGUUCAAAAGUAAUAUUUAAAGGAGCUAAAUCGCUAUUCUUUGGUACCUCGAAAUGGACACAAAUGGGUCGUAAUU